AUCACUGGCACGCUGUACAAUAGGCUACCCCGUAUAAUGAUGUCUACGUGUCAGUUGUUGCUGCUAAUAUAUUUUUCCUGCGCAUGUAGUGCUGAUGAUUCUCAACGAAGACGUUUCGAAUACAAGCAGAGCUUCAAAGGACCUCAUCUGUCUGAUCAUCGAGGACGAGUCUUUUUUUGGAGUUUGUCAGGACAUGCUCUAGCUAGUACUGAUCAAGUGCGAAUAACGGCGUCGUUGAGGAGUCAGAAAGGUAUGAUGUGGACAAAAGUGAAGACAACAUAUGAAUUCUGGGAGGCGGAAAUGAAGUUUCGUGUGACAGGCAGAGCUCGUGUUGGAGCAGAUGGGCUGGUUAGCCAAAACUGUAACCAUUUUACUUUAACAGUUGUAGACAGUAAACACUUUGGUUUAGUUAGAUGCGUUUAAGAUGUACCGAUUAUUUAACU